GCAGGAGGGGGCGGGGCCGCCACUCCCGCGCAUGGAUGCGCCCGGGGGGCGGGGACUGAGGCCCAAAAGCCGCCGGCAGCCCGAGCGCCGCCGCUGCUGCUGCCCGCUGUCGCCAUGAUCAUCCCCGUGCGCUGCUUCACGUGCGGCAAGAUCGUCGGCAACAAGUGGGAGGCCUACCUGGGGCUGCUGCAGGCCGAGUACACCGAGGGGGACGCCCUGGACGCGCUGGGCCUGAAGCGCUACUGCUGCCGCCGCAUGCUGCUGGCCCACGUGGACCUCAUCGAGAAGCUGCUCAACUAUGCGCCGCUGGAGAAGUGACCGUGCGGCCGCAGUGGGGCCACGGCAGCGCCUGGCCGGAGACCCUCGCGCUGCGGUGUGGGAAGCCGGGAGCGGUGCCUGCCCACAGCUGUGGGGACGUUUGGCUCCUGCUCUGGAGGGAACCAUCCAAUAAAGUCUUUGCAGAACCGCG